AUGUCAGGCUUUCAGAUCCCAGGCCUUGGCCAGGCCAAGCCAAAUGAGACAUUACCCCCUCUUCCCGCCGAUGUCCUUGUUGCUGCCGCAAGUGUACAAGGCACCGAGAUCACAAACCCAGAUGCGAGCAACCAAACAACAGCACCAGCCGCGGAGCAAACAAAGCUCUCCGAGGCUCAAUCUGCACCAGCAGCUGCAGAGCCCGAGUCCAUGGUAGUCGAUCAACCCGAAAGCCCUCCUUCCCUUACUGGUGCCCUCGAAGCUGCCCUCGGCGGCCUGGACAACACACCUGCGCAGCCUGCGGCAACCACCGAGAACGUCCCACUCCAGAACGACCAAGGCGAGAACCCCGAGUGGGAGGUCGACUCUUCCCCUUACGAAUCAUCUUCAGAGUCUAGCAGCUCUGAUUCCUCCGAUGACGACUCCGAUAAUGAAGGAUAUGAACUCUUGGGUGUGGAGGAAACUGCUCGCUUGCUGAUGCAGGCCGAGGGAGGUUCCGACGAUGAGGGCGAAAGAGGAGGAAAGGGUUCCAGCUCUGCACAAGUCCGUACAAAGAACGAGGUAGCAGAAGAGGUCAUUCCCAAGCCCGAAGUUACCAUCACACCGGAGAUGAAGAUCGAGGAGCUGGGAGCGAUCGAGCACAUCGUGGAGAGCAUCAUGCUCGUCAAGGCCAUAACACCAGGAGAAUACCAGGUGCUAGAUACAGGCUCAGUCCUCUGCACUGCUGAGCGGGUCGUCAUUGGCGCCGUCGCAGAGACGAUAGGAAAGGUUCUCCAACCCAUGUACACCGUCCGGUUCUCAUCAGAAGACGAGAUCAAGGAGCUGGGCCUCGAAGUCGGCACCAAGGUCUUUUACCCCGUCGACCAUGCUUCAUAUGUCUUCACCGAGCCCCUCAAGAACAUGAAGGGCUCCGACGCCAGUAACCUCCACGAUGAGGAGGUCGGUGACGACGAGAUGGAGUUCUCCGAUGACGAGAAGGAGGCCGAGUACAAGCGAGCACUCAAGCAGAAGAAGAAGGACAAGUGGAAGAAGAACGACGCGAAGGCCGGCAGGGAGCCUCACCCGCUGCGACAGGAGACGCGACCGGAUGGCGGUCUCAACUACGACGACGAUGAUGACGGUCCCUAUAAGCCCCUCGCUCGACCGCCAGGCUAUGGCAGUGGGCCUCCCACCACUGAGACAUACGAGCCACCACCUGGCCGGAACUUCCAGCGGGGCCGACGAGGUGACUUCAGGGGUGGUAGGGGAGGACGAGGUCGUGGUUCCGGCCGUGGCGGACGAGGAGGUUUCAACCAGCCCCGAGAUGGCUACUCACUGCCCCCUCAAGGACAUACGCAGCAACACCAGCAACCUGCUCCCGCAGCCCAAUGGGGUAACAAUCAACCUCCAUCCCAAGGCACUGCCGCGCCGGCUGUGCCCAACUUUGGCUUCCAGUUCCCCGGCUGGCCUCAGCCGCCUGCCCCAGCGAACACCGGCGCUGCUGGUGCGGCUGUUCCUCCGCCGCCUCCUGGAUGGCCGAACGCUCAGGGUCAGCAAGGAGCCAACGGCGGAGCCUUUGUCAACCCUGCUUUCUUUGCUGCCUUGAUGUCUACUAUGCAGGCCCAGCAAAAUGGUCAGUCGCCAUGGGGACAACAGCAGCCCCCGAACAACGGGAAUGGAGGUCAAGGUCAGUAA